CCAUCCCAUUACUACGUUCUCCAUAAGUACACCACAUCAUCCGGCUGAUGAGAACUUGCCGUUCCCCCGCCUCUCUCCCUCCCUCAGCGCGUUCCCUUCCGUCCAGUGAAACCUGCACACCCAACGCGCUAGGUACGCCUCUGUACGGAUCAGCCGAGUAUGGCGGAAAAGGUGCCCUCGUCCGGCAGCGACACGGCCGAAAAGGCCGGUGUCGACCUGGAGAAGAUGCCGCGCACACCUCCAGGUGACCACCACCCAGCUUAUCUGAAUCCGGACGUCAUGGAGGGCGAGUACGAGGGCAAGCCAACCGAGGAGGAGAUGGCCGUCUUGCGCCGCGUGCCGGGGAAAAUCCCGACCAUAGCCUACCUCAUCUGCAUUGUCGAGUUCUGCGAGCGAGCCUCGUACUACGGCGUCCAGCCCUUGAUCAGCAACUAUGUCAACCGACCGAUGCCCAUCGGCGGUAACGGCUGGGGCGCCCCACCUCAGGGCGAUCAGCAGACCCCCGGCGCGCUCGGCAUGGGCACCGUGGUGGCCAACGCCGUGACCCAGUCCUUCAGCAUGCUUGCAUAUGCGCUGCCUCUCUUCUUUGGCUGGCUCGCCGAUGCCAAGACCGGCCGCUUCAAGCUGAUCUGUUGGGGCGUUGCUGUCUUUGGCGUUGCUCACGUCCUCAUGGUUGCUGCAGGGGCCAAAGACCUUUUGGCCAACGGGACGUCCAAGGCGCCCUACUUUUUGUCUGUUUACAUCCUGUCAAUCGGCGCGGCAAUGUUCAAGCCCAACGUGUCACCCCUCCUCCUCGACCAGGUCACCACUACUGUCCCAAAAGUCGUCACGCUCAAAACCGGCGAGAGAGUCAUUGAAGACCCGGAGGCUACCAGCGAGCGCGUCAUGCUUUGGUUCUACCUCAUGAUCAACAUUGGCGGCUUCAUGGGCGUCGCCACAUCGUAUUCGGAGAAAUAUGUCGGAUGGUGGCUUGCAUUCCUUAUCCCUCUCAUCCUCUAUCUGCCGCUGCCGCUGUUGCUCUGGUUCCUCCAUAAGCGCAUCAUUCUGCACCCGCCUGGCGGUAGCGAUCUGCCCAACGUCUUCAGGGUCCUGGGCAUCUGUCUUCGUCGGGGAGGGGUGAAGAAGAUUGGCCGCCACGGAUUUUGGGAUCUCGCCAAACCCUCCAAUAUCGAAGCCGCAGGUCUCAGCUCGACUUACAAAAUCCAGUGGAAUGACCAGUUUGUCGAGGAUGUCCGCCGCACCUUCCAGGCAACAGGCAUGUUCUGUUUCUUCCCAAUCCAGUACAUCAACGACAACGGCCUUGGCGCUGCAGCCAGCUUCCUGUCCACAAUGCUCGAGACCAACGGCGUGCCCAACGACGUCAUCAACAACUUCAACUCACUCAGCAUCAUCGUGACCACCCCGAUCCUCAACUACGGCUUGUACCCGCUUCUGCGGAGACUCAACGUCCAUUACGGCCCCAUUGCCCGCAUCACCACCGGCCUGGUGAUGUCGUCCCUCGGCGGCAUGGGAUAUGCCUUGCUGAACUACUACGCCUACCAGCAGUCGCCCUGCGGGGAGUACGGCUCGAGCGACUGCACAAUCGGGACCGGCGUGGCCCCGAUCAGCAUCUGGUGGAUGGCCAUCCCCUUCGCCGUGGGCGGCAUUUCUGAGCUGUUUGUAAACGUGCCGGCAUACGGCAUCGCUUACUCGCGGGCCCCCGUAAACAUGCGGGGUCUCGUGUCAGCUAUCAACCUGUUCAGCACCGCCGUGGCCUACAUCAUCGGCCUGGCCUGCUCGUCGGUCGUCACGGACCCCUACCUGACGUGGGACUUUGGCGGGCCCGCCAUCGCCGGCGGCAUCCUGUCGGUUAUCUUCUACUUCAUGUUCAGGCACAUUGACAAGGAGGAGUAUGUCCUGAGCCAGAACGAGUACCAGCUGGAACUGGAGGGGACGAGGAAUGUGGUGGGCGAGAACGAGCUCAACAAGACGAUCAACAGGCCGGCGCCCAUUGCCGACAAUGAGGAAAUGAUGAUCUCGCAGAAGCAGUAGAGUCUGGUUUGGAAUCUGGACCGGAGGGGAGCGAGAGGGUGCACUGGAGUUUGGCGUCGUGUCGCUCAAAGCCUAAUGUGUGGAACGGGUCGUUCAUGAAUCAUGCCGGAGUUGUAUUUAGUAUUGGAAAGAUUUAAUGUAAGCAUGCCUGCAGACUGUGUUCAACUUCCAUCAUCCAUGCCAUUCCCGUUCCUUGUCUUUGCAUGUCAAUGGAAGGAAGUGAAGGUGGAGUAUGGUGUCGCGGGCUGGUGGAGA